AGUUCCGGUUCCUCCGUAAAGUUCCCGGUUCCUCCGUAAAGUUCCCGGGGCUCCGGUCCGGUCCGGGGAUGGUCCUGGUGGAGGUCUGAGGGGGGCCCCGCCCCCCCGCCAUGUCCCUGGACUGACCCGAGACCAGAACUCCAGACCCAGACCCGGGGCAGGACCAGGACCCGGACCCGGGCCUGGACCCGGGGCAGGACCCGGACCCAGACCCGGGACAGGACCAGGACCCGGACCAGGACCCGGACCAGGACCAGGACCAGGACCAGGACCCGGGGCAGGAUGGCGGCGGCCAUCGCCAGCUCCCUGAUCCGGCAGAAGCGCCAGGCCCGCGAGUCCAACAGCGACAAGGCGGCCACCAACAAGCGGCGGUCCAGCCCGUCCAAGGACCGCUCGCUCUGCGACCGCCGCGUCUUCAGCGUUUUCAGCAAGAUCCGCUUCUGCAGCGGCAAGAAGAGGCCGGUCCGCCGGAAACCAGAGCCGCAGCUGAAGGGCAUCGUGACUCGUCUCUUCAGUGAGCAGGGAUUCUUCCUGCAGAUGCAGCCGGACGGAACCCUGAGCGGCUGCAAGGACGAGAACAGCGACAACACUCUGUUUAACCUGAUCCCAGUGGGUUUGCGGGUCGUCGCCAUCCAGGGAGUGAAGGCGUCGCUCUACGUGGCCAUGAACGCCGAGGGCUUCCUCUACACAUCGGAUAUCUUCACCCCGGAGUGCAAGUUUAAGGAGUCCGUGUUUGAGAACUACUACGUGAUCUACUCGUCCACGCUGUACCGGCAGCACGAGUCGGGCCGGGCCUGGUUCCUGGGCCUGAACAAGGACGGGGUCGUCAUGAAGGGGAACCGGGUCAAGAAGACCAAGCCUUGCUCGCACUUCGUCCCCCGACCCAUCGAAGUUUGCAUGUACAAGGAGCCGUCGCUGCACGAGCUGGAGGAGAAGCUGCUGAAGGGCUCGCGGAGCCCGACGUUGAACGGCGGCGACCGCGCCCGGAGCCUGGAGCGAAUCCCGCGGGAGGUGGACUCGUCCACAGAGCGGGACGGCUCGUAGCCUGCAGCGCCCCCCGGGGGGCCGGAGGAGGAGGAGCCCCCCCUCCGGCACCGACACCGACGACAACCUGCCGCCACGACGCCCACCAAGAUUUAAAAAAAAGAACAAAAUAAUACACAAAAAAAAGGGAGAAUUUGUUUUUG